AUGACCCCAUCUCCUCGCUUACCGCCAUCUGAUCGUCCCAGCGGCUCCUGUUCACCAAAGGCCCGAAAUAGUUCUGGCAGUACAUCGGGUGCAAACAAGAAAGAAGGGGCACCUAAAAUUGCUGUAACCGCCACAAGCUGUGCCAACUGUGGAACAACAACAACACCAUUGUGGAGGCGUGCCAGCGACGGAUCCACCAUUUGUAAUGCGUGUGGUAUGUUUCUUAAUAUGGAAUAA